GCUAAACUUCAUGUACUCAAUUAGUUAAUUACAAUAUUAAAUAUUUAAUCACAUUUUGAAGGGAAAAAAAUGGCCCAAAUUCAAAGGGUUGAAGGUCAAGUUGAGCUCAAAUGUCAUGCUAACAAAUUCUUUGAUAUUUGGGCUUGCAAAACACACCACAUUCCUAAUAUAAUCCCUAAUCAAAUUUCCAAAAUUGAACUUCAUGAUGGGGAAUGGGAUAAGGUUGGUGCUCUUUUGAAAUGGACUUAUGUUCUCAAUGAUAGCAAGCUUACAAUAAGGACAAAAGUUGAAGAGCUUGAAGUGAAGAACAAGAAAAUGAAGUACAGCUAUCCUGAUGGAUUCAUCGCCAAAAACAUAAAGUCACAUAUGCAUGCAAUUCCGAAAGAAGAUGGGUCAGGAUGCAUAGUGAAAUGGGCUUUUGAGUAUGAGAAGAUGAAUAAUGCUGAGGGAGAUCUUCCUGAGGCCAAAAUAUACAUAGACUAUCUACUUGAACUUGCUAAAGGGAUCGACGCUCAUCUCUGCAGCCAUGCUUGAUAAAUUAAUAAUUGAUAUAUUUGCUGUCAGUCAUGAUGCAUAUAUAUAAGCUUCAAUAAAAUGGCAUGCAUGCUGCUUAUGUGUGUUAGUUUUGUUUUUGUGUAUUACUACUUGUUGUGUACUGUUAAUAGCAUGUUUCUGCUUGCUACAUCAAGAAACAUGUACUUCUAUAUGUUAUCAAUUCAUGCUUUUCUUAAUGAUGCAAUCAAUGACUCUAAUUAAACAAGAGUAUACUAACAAGUUAAA